AUGGCAGUCACUGAGUUUCGCACGUCCAUCAAUGACUACCUCGAGCAGUUGCCAUCCACAACAACGCUUCGUCUAUACUCCAAACCAGCUACAUGUCUAGCCAUCUUCCGCUUGCUGCCGUCGCUUGCAAAGCACUUCAUCAUGUCUAUGCUCUUUUCAAAUCAACAGCUAUCUAUGACUGCUUUUGAAAGUUGGUGUAGCCCUGCUGGCACUACGCGUCAAGCACAAGCCUUUGAAAAGCUCUCUCAGCUGAAUAUCCUCAAGGAGUCCUCCGUUCGCGGAGGCCCCAGCUUGAUUGAUCUCAACCCGCUUUACCGUAAGAACCUCAAAUUAGCCCUGAAAGGCGGUGGCAAUCAUAAUUCGUUUGGUCUUCCUGCCGCAGAGGCUGAAGAGACGCCUGAUGUCGCGUUUCUGGAUCAGAUUGCGACGGAGACAUGGGAGAACAUUCUACACUUCAUGGUUGGAACGACGCUGAGUGCUCAGCAACAACCGGGCCGAUCAGUUGUCUCUUUGCUCCAGCAUAGUGGGUUAUGGACAACACAGGGCAUCACCUCGGCGGGCUUUCAAUUUCUCUUGCAGGACAGCAAUGCUCAAGUAUGGUCACUCAUUCUGCAAUACCUCGAGACUUCUGAUAUAAGCGGCGCUGACCCUGUUGAAAUGAUUCAUUUCCUAUUCAUGCUCGGUAACAUGGAAGUAGGACAAGCGUAUAGCACAAGAGAGUUGUCUGAGCAACAGGCAGCGCUACUACUCGACCUACGCGAUUUUGGAAUUGUCUUUCAUGAAGAAGGCAGUGAUCGAUAUUUUCCAACACGACUAGCGCUCAUCUUGUCGCAUGACGCCAAAUCGACUGCAUACGCAUCGACUCAUGCAGCAAUGCACAGUCUCUUACCUACGGGAGCAGGUGGGCAUCGCUCUCAGGAGGACACGGGAUUUGUCAUUCUCGAGACGAACUACAAGCUAUAUGCAUAUACUGCUUCCCCUCUACAGAUUGCCGUCCUCGACCUCUUCUGUUCACUCACCAUGCGAUUUCCGAACAUGGUCGCUGGUGUAUUAUCCAGGGAGAGCAUCAGACGAGCCCUUGACAAUGGCAUUUCAGCAGACCAGGUCAUCUUAUACCUGCAAUCCCAUGCACACCCACAAAUGCGCAUUAAAAAGCCGCGUGAACCACCUGGCUUACUGCCACCGACCGUUGUGGAUCAGAUUCGUCUCUGGGAGCUCGAGAAGAAUCGAUUGAAAGCAACACCAGGAUACCUCUUUCGAGACUUCAAGACGGGUGUUGAAUUUGAGGAAGCACUGCAGUAUGCAAGGGAUAUUGGUGUUUUGGUGUAUGAACAUCCUGGACGACGCAUGUUCUUCGUUGGCGAUGGCGGACAGACGGCUGUUGCAGCAUACAUCAGACGACGCACCGAAGCAAAAUGA